AUGAAAGCUUUUGCCGCGAUUUUGUCUGAGAUUGAGAACAUGAGAAGUCGUGCCGAAAAGGCGAUGAACUUAAGCCUCCAAAAAGAGUUUGAAAAUCCAAAGACGACUGGAGAGGCUGCUGGUGGGAUUUCCCGCCUCCACCCCGAAAAAGUCUCGGAGUACUUUACGACCUUUGUCGAGAAAGUUUCGAAGAGUCUUUUGCGCACAAACGAAAAGAUUUUUGAAAAGAAGACGGACACCAAUAUGAACUACAACACGUUCUUAUCUGCGGCUGGAGUUGGGUUUACUGACGCUGUCAAAACUGUUUGUGAAGUCAACCAAAAAGCUUUUAAAGACAAAUUCAGUGUUGACCAAUCCUACUUUGACAACGCCAUUGGUUGUGCAAUCAACUUAUUCUUUAAAAAUUGCAACGACGUCAUUUCGAUAGCGUCUGGUGUUGUUAAGCCCGAAUUAAAAGUUGUUGAGGUACUCAGAGGAGUCACCGACGCCUCGUCCAAAAUUAAAGUGCUUUACAUGUACGGAGAUUAUGCAAAAUACACGGAGAAUGCCGUGGAGAACGCCGCACGGUUUGCUGUUCAUGAAUUGUGUGUGAAAGCGGCAAUCAUUGCUGGUGGGAUAUUUGAUGGAGUUGGUGUUGAGACGGAGAUGUGUGUGAUGAGAGGUUUUGUUGGGUUCACUGCGAUGAGUGACAAACGGAAUAGUCAAGUCUCAGAAGUGCAACGAAUCAUAAAAGAGCGGAUUGAGGGGAUUGCAGCCAUCUCUGGUGUCAAAGAAGCAAUUUCGUCGGCAUUAAAAGAAUGUGGAAAUAACAUUCUGGAGGUUUUCAUGAAGAAAGCAAGAGAUGUGUGCGACAAGAAACCGUUUGUAUGUAUCUCGGUAGGUGGUUGGAUUGGUGUUGCGAAGAUUCCCGACUUCAUUGCAAGUUGUUUGAAGAUCACAACUUUGAAUCCCGAAUUGAAAAAAGAAUAUGACGAUUUGCCAAAGGAGUUAGUGAAGAAGUUUACUGACGUUGUUGGUGACGACAUUCAUAACAAAUUCACAAAUUUGCUGAGUAUGAGUGAUAUUAAUAUUCCAAGCAACUUAAUUGUGAGACAAGGGACUUUAGAUGUUUCCACAUUGAUGGUUGGAAUAUCAAAUAUCUUGAAAGUGUACUUCCCAGAGAGUAAUAGUCCAAGCGUGAAAAAAGAGGAAAAGAGUAAGGUGUUUUAUUUUGAUACGGACGAUAAGGAAGGCGAGCUUGAAUUGGAGCGAUCAAGUAUUGUCGAAUGUUUGGUUGGAAAAGCAAUGAAAAAGAUGAAAAACGAAUUGCCACUUUACACAACACCACCAGAAAACGGACUCACUUUAAAACAAUUCCAGCAAUACCAUGUCGAUUUAAUGGUGUUUGCAACGACCAUUUCUGAUGUUCUUAAAAUCAAUAAUUCACGUAUCGAAAGUUACAUCACACAAAUCAAACUCCGACUUGAAUCGUGCUGUUCUGAAGGUGCUCUUGCUGCGGCCAAUGAAGUUACAUUAGUUAAGGAGGCGAUGCUUAAGAUUAACAAUUAA